CGGGGAGCGCGCUCGUUCGCUGGCAGCGGCCGGGGCGGGGAGCGGCCGCUCCGUCCUUCCUCCUCCUCCUCCUCCUCCCCCCGUCGCCACCCGCGCCCGCCGCCGAUGCCGGGACUGCGCCCGCGUACAAAAAAUUUCAGUUUGGAAAUUGAAGAAUCACCAUAGAAUUCAAUAUGGCAUCAGAGCAGUCAUCUGCAUCAACAGAGGAGCAGGCUUCCUCUGAAAUAGAUGAUCUCCAUCUAACGCUGCAAGUCCAGCGAGAGUUUACACAGAAGAAAACCUUCACUAGUUGGAUAAAUUCAAUAUUGGCAAAGCAUACCCCUCCUUAUGUUGUCUCAGACCUGUACACAGACAUCCAGCAAGGACAUUUGCUUCUGGAUCUGUUGGAAGUGCUUUCAGGUCAACAUCUGCCACGGGAAAAAGGAUUUAAUACCUUCCAAUGUAGAAGUAAUAUAGAAAAUGCUUUGACAUUUUUAAAGAGCAGAUCACUGAAGCUCAUAAAUAUUCAUGUAGCUGACAUUAUUGAAGGAAAACCUUCCAUUGUGCUUGGCCUAAUCUGGACCAUUAUAUUUCAUUUUCAUAUUGAAGAACUGGCCAGGACACUUGCCUGUACCUACAAUCAGCCUUCACCUGAUUGUCCAAGUGCUGUUGACUCCUCUCCAAAGGCAAACAGAUCAGCUAAAAAAAGUGCUAAAAUUAAGGAGCGGUGGAAGAUGUCUGCUACAAAGGCUCUUUUGUUGUGGGCAAAAGAACAGUGUUCCCUGCAUGGCUCUGUCAGUGUCACUGAUUUCAAGUCCAGCUGGCGAAGUGGACUGGCUUUUUUAGCCAUCAUCCAAACCUUGAGGCCAGGUCUGGUUGAUCUGGAGAAGGCAAAAGCCAGAAGCAAUAAAGAAAACCUGAGAGAGGCUUUCAGAAUUGCAGAACUGGAGCUGAACAUCCCACGGCUUCUGGAGCCUGAAGAUGUUGACACUGUGAAUCCAGAUGAAAAAUCAAUCAUGACUUAUGUGGCUCAGUUUUUGCAAUACUCCAAGAAUUUGCCUGAGUCUGAAGAAGACGUGCAGGAGAAAGUAAGAGAGGCCAUGGGCUGGUUGGCUGAACAGGAGAAGAAGUUAGCAAAGCUGCUGGUGGAAACAGAGGAUGAAACAUACUGCCAGAAGUACAAAGAAAUGAUGUCAUUUAUGGAAACAUUUAACCAAGAGAAGAUCCCCUUUCUGCCUGUGUUGUCAUCAAAAAGGGGUGAAGCUGAGCUGAGUGAAGGCCAGCAGCAGAUGAGGGAAGAGUGGGAUACAGUGAUCUCUCAGAUGAAUGAGUGGAAAGCGAAGCUGGACCAGAUGUUGCCCUCCCCUCUGGGAAGCAUUGAGGCUUGGCUCCAGGAGGUAGAACGUCUGCAGGCAGAAGAUUUGCCUGAUUUGCAAGACCCAUUCAAAGCAAUGUCUGUCUUCAGAGAAAUAAUUGUAAUAUUUAAGGGCUUGAUGGAUUGUUUUGAUUCUCACUUGGACACCCUUCAGUCAUUUAAGAAUGAAGAUGAGAAGAAUAUGCCACUAGUCUUGCCUGAAAAAUUAGAGGAAAUGAAAAGAAGAUUUACCAAUAUUCGUUCUACAAACCCCAGCACUUUCCUUGAAUAUCACUAUGGACUGUGCUCAGCCAUUGCCAAUGAGGUGAAGUUAAAGCUAAAUAUCUGGGAUGUGAAAUAUGGGGCAAAAGAGUCUGUGGAAUCACUACUGGAAAAUUGGAAUAAUUUCAUUGAAGAAAAGAAACUUGAAACACAACUAGACAUGGCUACUCACAUCUGUGAAGACUUGAAAAACAUAAGUGGUCCUGGCUUGGCUGGAGAUCCUGAAGAAAUCAGCAAACUUUUGAAGACAGUGGAGUCAAAGAUUUCUACAUGUAAAGAGUAUAUUUCCAAUGUAAACACCACCCUACAGAAAGUCCUGUCCUCCUGGAGUAAUUACACAGAAAACAUCCACUUACUAAAAACGUGGCUGGAAGAAAACAGAAAUGAGGAUCCGAAAGAGAUCCCUGCUGAGAUCCUGGCAAAGAGGAAUUUGAUUCAUGGUUCCUUAAAUGAAGCUGGAAACCAUCUCAUUGAAGUCAGCAAAGAGCAAGUUGGAUCAAAUAUUGCCAAAGAGCUGAAGAAACUGAACAGGAGAUGGGCAAAGUUCAUGAAGAGGACACACUUUCUUGGAGAGGAGAGCACAAAUGCUGCUGAGAAGACCACAGAGUUUCCAGGAAGCCUGGAGAAAGUUGAAGAGCUCCUUGGAGGGGUGGACAGCUGGGCAGCAGAGAUGGGACAUGUGCUUAGCAAGAUCAGUCACGAGGAGCCUGUGGAACCUGAGAUGGAGGAAUAUUUGCAGAGUUGGGCUGCAAGAGGAUCCUCGUGCCUAGACCAAGUUGUGGCAGCAGAAGAGAUAUUGCAAUCUCUGAGGCAGAAUGUUUCAAGUCAGGUGUUUCAGCAGCAUUCUCACACCACUGAGCUGGAGGCACGAAUUAAAGAAGCCAGAGACAAAGUAGAGGCUGUCAUGGGUGACCUGAACAACAUCUUGUCCAAAUUUGAGAAAAGACCCUCAGAGAAGGAGGCUUUGCUCAAUUUUGAAGAAUCGCAGAAAGAGCUGGAGGCCUCCAUUUCGAAGGCUGUGCAACUUGUCAGUCAAAAAUUAGGUCCUGAAGGAUGUAUUUCAAGAUACGAGGUGGGUUUGUGUUCUGAACCAGCUGCAUCUGAGUAUUUCUGA